AUGAACUCGGAUCUCGGAGUAAUCUGCAGGAUCUGUUCGAAACCACAGAAGGUAACAGCAAAAAUGUGGUCCUUAUUUGAAGGACUACACGAACAAGGUACGGCCGCUGCAAUUAUCUACGAUUGUUUUAAAAUUGAGAUCCUGAGUUAUAAAUCUAUGAACAAAAUGUGCAAAAUCUGCAAAUCUGAUCUCGAAGUAGCACAUCGAUUUGUGAACAAACUGCGAAGAUCGCAGGCACAGUUAAAAGAUAAAAUCAAGGAGGAAGUGGGGAUUACAGAAGAUCAGCACACAAUGUCUGUUUUCGUCACGGAACUUGACAUAAAAACUGAAACAUUGGAUAAUGAAGAAGAUUAUGCGUACAAUGAUGAACAUUCCGCCUUAGAGUCCAACAGCGACCAACAAAACGCAACGCGACGAUCAAAAAGACAGCCGAAGAAAUUGGCCAUUGGUAAAGAAUCUUCCGCAGAGGAGGAUAGUGAUUGUGAGCCAAGCUCAGCAGAAGAAAGUGAGAAAGAUCAACCGACACGGAAGCGAUUUUAUUAUGGCGUUAAAUCGAAUUCUUCUCCCAAACGUUGCUGUUCAUGUAAGGAACCUCUCGACACAUACGAAAGAGUACAGGAACAUUCAGAUGCGUAUCACCGAAGUGACCGCAUAACGAAUCCGAAAGAAUAUGGGAAUAGAAUUUUUGAAUGCUCUGUAUGCUUCAAAAGAUUCGAAACAAAGAGGCUGUACCUGCAACAUCAACGAAAAAUGUACGUUGAUGUGCUGCAUCCUUGCUCGCGAUGCGAAGAAGAAUUUGCUAAUUUGUUCGUACUUAAAAAGCACAUCAAAAUCGACCAUCAGAAAAAAUUUAUUACAACCGAGUUGGAGGAAAUACGAAAGCGAUCGAACAUAUGCUGUGCAUGCAAAGAGAAAUUUCCUACGCAAAAUGCACUCAAAGAACACGUUGACAAAGUACAUUACCCCGAACGAAUUUUCAGUGACACAACCAACACUUUCGAGUGCAAUGUGUGCUACAAUCGAUUCAAAACUCAAAAAUAUCUCAAGCACCAUCAGCUGAGACUUUUCAAGGAGAAGAAAUUCGUUUGUACACUUUGCGGAAAAGUGUUCAGAGAAAAAGUGCGACUAGCAGAGCAUGAAAAUCUACAUCGAAAAAUUACCAAGUUUGAGUGUCCAUUUUGCCCAGCAAAAUUUGCUAUUAAAAAUUCGUACGAUGUGCACGUAAAGAUGCACGACGCCGAAGAAUGCUUCAAGUGCGAGUAUUGUGGAAAAGGUUUCCGUAAGAAGACUCUCCUGCUAAGCCACUUGCAAAUUCACAGUAUUGAUCGACCGUUCAAAUGCCAGCUAUGCCCGGUUACGUUUACCAGGCAAAACCUGCUGGAUGCGCACAUUUUGGCACACUCGGGAUCUAAACCACACAAGUGUCAGCAAUGUCCCGCGUCGUACAUCCAUCAGCGUGAUCUUCGCCGGCACGUCCGGGAGAAACACGAAGGAAUUCGAAGUUUUAAGUGCAACCUUUGCCCAAAGGCAUAUAUUAGGCAAAAGCUUUUGGUUGAACAUCGAAAAACGCACGAAAACUGA